GACGUGUUUCGGAGUGGAUCGAGCUACUGGUAUAUAUCUUUCGUUGGCAAAGUCCCCUUGGUUCCUUCCACUUUUCACCAAGCCUUGGAUUUAGUACCCAGCCAUGGCGACAAAGUCUGUCCUUCAACAACACCCCCCGACCCCACUAAGCGUCAGCGCAGACUUACACUCCGGCAUGCAGCAAAUUGCGCAGUUUAACGAAGACCGAAAGUUUUCGAUUGAGGACUCACAAUCGUGUGCCUCCGGGUACGACUCCCCAGCUCCAGUGGCACAAGACGGAAUGGCCACAGUACCGUUCCACCCCGCUCACCUGGUAUCGCAAGGCGCUCCAGGAAUUGGGCUAGAUAUACAAUAUGAUACUUAUCACCACAGCUCUAGCUUUUAUUCCGACGGUCAUUAUAACGGCCUUCCUACCCAUCCCGUAUUUUCAGGCUCACCCCCUACACCUCGUUCCACGAAUGAGAACGACGACCUACACCGACAAACGCGAAGCGGCGAAUCUGUGCGUUCAUCACGUUCGCCAAAACGACAGCCACCCGCGAGGAUAAGAUCAACUCCUAAGUCUAGGAAGAAGUCCGGCAAGGAUUUCAACCGGAAGACGCCUAAAUUGACGGCACCCUUAAGCGUGUUGACAAAGAACAUGGCCUCGAUACCAGUACGAGAUAUGGGAGCUUGGGUCAAGCGAUCAAUAGAAGUGAGACGAAAGGAGGUGGAAAAGAAAAAUGGGUACAUCACCAGACCCAUGAACUCCUUCAUGUUGUAUCGUUCCGCGUAUGCAGAGAGGACUAAACAGUGGUGCCUACAGAAUAACCACCAGGUGGUGUCCUCCGUCUCUGGAGAGAGCUGGCCCUUGGAACCGCCCGAAGUCCGCGAUAUGUACACGGAGUACGCGAAGAUUGAAAGACUCAACCAUCAGAAUGCCCACCCGGACUAUAAGUUUUCUCCAAGUAAAUCGAUCUCGGCAGCCAAAAAACGGAAGGCCGAGUUUUCCGACGACGACGAGCCCAGUGAUUUGGACGACGCCGACUGGGCCCCCGGCCGGUCAAGACCGAGAUCUGCUCGCAGGCUCGACCGAACCGUAGGAUACCCUGUAAACAACAUGAGAGCAAAUUACUACGACCGCUCUUACAUGUCGAAUGGGAGCGGCAUGAGCAGACCGUCUUGGGAUGUGUCGUCCGACAGUAGGCACAUGAGCAUGCCCAUGCACAACGAAAUCUACACUCAAUAUUUCCCACCCAACAUACAUCCAACUAUGAGCAUGGGCCAUAUGGAUGACCUGCGCAUGCGAAAGAUUGAUACACCUACUACCACCAUGCAAUUCUCUUCGGGACAUGCUUUGCUUGGGUUGCCAGGAGGCAAUGCAGCCGAUAUGAUGCAAUCGCUGCAUUCGCAUACUGGGACACCAUUGACCGAUGAGGGACAGGUGGACCCAAUGCUCUUAGCCUAUGACGGAGGACACCAGGCUUUGGAGCCUGCGAUGACGCAUCAUGGCCAAAUCUUGGAGCUGGAGCAGGACGGUGUUCACGGUUUGCUAGGAGCAGGAGCGCCGCAAGCAGAUUAUCACCCCGAGCAGUGGCAAGCAGAUUCUCACCUGGCAGCCAUAGAACAGGGUUGUGAAUUUGAAAAGUGGAUGGAAGCUUCAUGAUGGGCAUAUCAGUGAGCUCUGUACAUCAGUGCGAUUCCUCCGGGAGAGGAGGAAAGUACAUAACCCGAACCUGCUGGUCAGAUUCAACGUCAAGCAAGGAUCUUGCGUUGUAGCAUACUGAAGCUAUGGCAUUCGCUUGUCCUAGAAUAACGAAGUUGUAUUUUUAAGGAGUUUGGAAGGAGUACGGAAGGAUUACGGAAGGAGUUCAUCAGGGUAUACCCAUCGUCCUGUCACAAUUGGAUGACAGUUUGACAAGCAUUUUUUGUGGUUACCUUUGAGUUACCUAGAUUUCAGUAAUAUGGGUUUUUUUUCCAUCAUGACACUGUUCUCUCAUAAGUGAAAGUCUUAAGUGUGCAAUGUUAAAGUCGUCAACUAAUUGAUGUUUUACUCAAAUCGAAUAUCCAUUCUCUCUGAGGAGCAUUGAUCACUCAGUAGUUGGCUGAUUGUAAACCUCCGUUCUGCACGUUUCUCUACCUA